CGGGCAGCCAGCGGCCCUGUGGUCUGAGACGGGGGCAGGGGCACCGGCGGCGCGUGUAUGGCAGGCUAUCUUCUCCGGUCCAGGAGCUUCAUUCAAUUGGACUUUGUAAUAAGGAAGCGCGCGAUGCUGUCGAGGUCCCGGUCCGCGCUGCACGUGGCGGCGGCCGCCGCGCCCGCCCACGCCGGCGGCGGCAGCGGCGCGCAGGUGCGGCGCGUGUCGUACGAGAAGGUGUCCGCGCACAUGUCGCUGAUGCGCGCCAGCGGCGGCUCGGCCAGCAAGGUGGUGGCGGCGGCGGGCGCGGGCGCGGGCGCCGGCGCGGGGGCGGUGGCGGCGGCGGCCGCGGCGGCGGCGGGCGCGGGCGCCGUGGCGAGCGACGUGGGCCUGAAGCCGCUGGUGGUGAUGCUGCCCUGGCUGCUGGCCAAGCGCCAGCACGUGCUCAAGUACGCGCAGCUGUACACGGAGCACGGCAUCGACGUGCUGGGCGUGCACACGCACCCCGGUCACCUCCUGCGCCCCGCCAAGGGCAGCCAGCUUGUCGCCGCAGAGCUCCUGCAGUAUCUGAAGGAGUUGCCUGGCAGAGCACCUCUCCUCCUGCAUGGCUUUUCUGUGGGAGGCUAUCUGUGGGGGGAGGCGCUUGUGCAGCUGGCCAACCAGCCAGACUUGCGAGAGGCAUUGGAGAAACGUUUUGUUGGACAGGUUUGGGACAGUGUUGUAGAAUUAUCAGAAGCUCCUGCAGGUUUGGCACGAUCGGUUUUUCCAAGAUCAACAAUUUUGCAAGGAUUACUAGAGAAACUUAUAACAAGCUAUUUGUCAGCUCUACAUAAAGUGACAACUCGUCACUAUGAAUUAUCUUCUCAACACUUUCAUCGACAUCCAAUGCAUUGUCCAGCUCUUCUACUUCUGUCUGAAUCAGAUCCCAUUGGCACUGUUUCAGCUAAUGAGAAAUUAUUGAGUAAUUGGAAGCAAAUUGAUGUCCCAGCCUACGUGAAAAUCUGGGAGGGUUCUCCUCAUGUUGGUCAUUUUAGAAUGUAUAGAGUUGAAUAUGAAGAUCAGGUUAACCAGUUUCUUCAACGAUUAGGAUUGAUAAGCAAAAACUCUUAAAGCAACCAAUUUUUUCAUAUCAUUCCUUGGUUCUGAAAUAUGCGCAGUAUUGUAAUUGACUUAAGAGAUUCUGGAAUAGAGAAGUAAAUUUUAAAGUUCUAUGUGAACAACUAUAUAAACAUUAUUCCUGAAAAUGAAUGAGUGCAGUUUAAAAAAAUACAACUUAUCUUUUUUCUUGGCAGAUGAAGUGAGUUGACUUCAGAUGUGACCACGAAAUUUGAUUCAACUCUGCUUAUUCAUGUAGAAAUAUAGUAUUUAACUUCAUUCUCUUGCUAACUUGCAUGGAUUGUUUUCGUUCUUCAUUUAAUAGGAAGGUUUGUUCACAAUGGAAUAUUUCCUAUCGAAUGUACCUAUUUUAUUUGUGUCUGUUAAGUAGUAUUUUUACUUAUAUCAGACAUUUUUAUUAAGUAGUAUUUUGCUAAUUUUCUGUGAUUUUUAUCAUUGAUUCGACAGUAGUAAUUUGACAUGAACUCAAAACAAGUAUCAAAAACGAGCAAUACUGCAUUGCUGUUUGUUAAUCUUUUUAUACACGAGAUUAAUGGAAACUGAGAAGUAGAGAAUAGACAUGAAAUACCUUUACUAUGUGAGUAGUAAAGAAAGACAAAGGUGGCCCUAAGUUCUAUAGGACUUUGUAUCCUGCAAUUAUGGUAAUUUUUUAUUUUUAUUUUCUGUGAUUCUUUCAUAAGGUAUUGUUAAGUGUGCUAUUAGAAGAUUGUGUUGACUGCAGUAUCAUGAUUAUCGUUGUUCAAAUUAUAUUUCCUUUUUAAGUUAAUUUUUGUUUCUUUUUUAUCUCAACCAAGUCGUUUCAAAAAUAUGUGCGGACAUUCUCUCCUUAUUGUCUUCAAGAGAAAAAUCAUCUAACAAAUUCUAUUCUUCUGUUACUUCCAUUGUUUCCUAUUAUAAAUAUUUAAAAACUCAUUAAAAAACAUAUGAAAGAAAUAGUCAUAUAUAAGUUGUGAAUGAAUGGAAUUAUAUCUUGAAUAUAUAAUUGCGUGUAGCUUUCAGAAAUGUAGAGAAUGUCUUUGUUGACAUGAGAUAAGUGCAUAGCAGUUUAAACAGGGUGGCCACUUUCUGCAAAACCAGGAGAAAUCAAGUAAUUUCAUUGAUCUGGAAAAGUGGGAAACAUAAGUAGUAGUCUGGGAAAUAGAAGAAUCAUUGGAAGUCAGGGAACAUUUUAUGACAGUGAUAUAACUAAAUAUUAUUCCUUAAGAAAAUUAGUCCAGCAAAAAAUAGUAAUUCAAUUUUUAUUACAUUGAUAAAGCCUACAUUGCUUUAUCAUUUUUUAUAUGUUGAGAACUUUUUUUAAAUAUUGGUACUUUUUCGCGGAGAAAUCAGAGCUGACAAAUUUAUAUCAGUCUUGCUUUCUAAUAGCUGAAAUACUCUACAAAUCUUAUCAGUGAUUAUUUAAAAUUUUUACUCUAUUAUUAUUAUUUUUUAAAAUUUAUUUAUAAAAUGCACUGGAAAAUUGGGGGAAGCCAGGGGAAUUUGUUUCCAGAAAUAAUAAGUGGCCAACCUGUUAAAGUACACAUGUAGGAUUGCUGUUGCUAGAGCCUGGACAGUUUUGUAGAAGAGUGAGGGGUGCUUUUGACAGCCGAGUGAAAUUUUCAGUGCAUUUUCAUGUAAUUUCAUGUCUCUAACUGCUGUGGAUCUGUAAUGCACUUGCUGUGAUGUGACAGGUGCAGACAGAAAGAGUCAGAACAGAUUCCAAAUAAUGAGAACAAUUAAUAUAGUAAGUUUUCUAUUAGUGUUGUAAAAAUCGUGUAGUUUAAUUAGUAAUAUUCCUCGUACGUAAGCCUACAAAAGUGAUCUUCCUUCUCUCUUCAACACAGGGAGCAGUUAGUCAGUAUAUUCUGGUAUUAAAACAACUCAUAAAGUUUGUGAUAUGACAUUUGUUGUAUGUUAACGUUCAGUUGCUACUCAAAUUGGUUAAAAUAAAAUUGAUUUAUAAAUUGUUUUACUUUGUAAUUAUAUAGAAGUUGAUUUGAGAAUUUCCAAAGGUUAAAUCACAUAUUUUUAUCAUAUUACCUCGUUUUAAGUUUCUUGAAAAAGCAAAAAGAUCUUUUAAUUAUUUUCUUAAGCCUUAAAUUUGGAUUGUUUGUAAUAUUAUGUGUGGCUAGUCUCCAGAAAGUAAACAGGGGUAGCUUUAUUAAUAAAUGAUGGAUGUAUACAUAAAGUAUUUGUAUUUACCUUCCAUGUCAUGCUGCCAAUCAAAUUUUGUUAGACCAAAGCUAAAACUUACCUUUUCAGGUAAUUUUCUGAAUAUCUUUUUUUUCUAUUUGUUGAGAUAAUUACAUUGACUUGUUUGAUAAAUUCAAAGAAAAUAAGUCACUGACUUAUUGCACUGGACUCUUAUGUCUGUGUCUAAGACAAUUAAGUAAUUCAAGCAGUUUCUUGAAAAUAUUAAGGUGGAAUGAUUCAUUUUCCUUAAUGUCUGUGUAUGAGCUACAAAUGUGUAAAACAAAUAGCAUUUUAUGUCAUGCUACUGAGAAAAACAAUUAAUUUUCUAUUAAACUGAAAGUUGUUAUUCAAAUAGAGAUUUACUGUGUACACAUCUUGUGGCCUUACUUGCAAACUAGAGAUGUCAAAUUUGAUGUAAGAAUAUGUACUAUAUCUAUUUUCACUGCCAUUUCCCUUCUUUCAUGAGAAAUGAAUUUUCUGUGAUUUGCUUUAAAACUAAUUAUUUAGGAUAGUUGUUGGUGCUUGAAUAAGAACCAGAAAAUGUGUUUAAUCUUCAGUCAUUUUUGUUGCUCAAAACAGCUUUAAAGAAUUUCAUAAAAUGUGAAUGUAUAUUUAUACUUAAGUGGAUAUUAUUGGCAACUUUUGUGUUUUAAAUGAAGUAUAUUUAAAAUUUUGUGUUAAUCAACAGUUCACUUAAGUCAUUCUUAUUUCUUAUCGUGAACUUAUUUCCUGCAGAUUUUUUCCUCCAGAUAACAAGAGAAACUAAUUUCCAAUGAAAUAUCACAUAUAACUAAAUAAUGCAGUAAAAUGUAAAAUCAAAAUUUCUAGAUUGGUAUUAUGGUUGUACGGUUGUUCUGUUGAAAAGGCUCCUUGUUUUAUUUCAAAACCCUUUUAAUUCAAUUACCUUUUUAUUAAUUUAUUUUAAUUUUUCUAUCAUACCUUUUAAGUGUUGUAUUUUCUGGACAGAUGCUUUUAAAAAUUUGUAAAAUUAGUUCAUUUCGUAAAGUGUUAGCUAAAUAUUUGUCACAUUUUUUUUCCCCCUCCCCAAAGAUGUUAAAGUUAAGUAUAACAAUCUUUUACAUUAAAUUGCAAAAAUUACUGCUCAGCUUAGAAAUGUAAAUAUGAGAAGGAACAGACUAGAUAUUGUCUGUUUUGAAACCAAUGAUUAAUUGUGAUUAAAAAUAUAAUUUUGGCAAGUAUAUGUUUAUAUAAGAAAGUAUAUAUUGUUGCUAUUUCAAUUUACAGUGUAUUUAAUUGCAUAAGAAAAAUUAAGUACACUUCAAAUCGUCUUUUUUGUAAUAUCUCUUAGCAUCAUUAAAUAAGGUUACAGCAGUUGCUAGUUCCCUUUCCACAUUCUGAUUUGAAAUGUUUAUAUACAAAAUACAACUGAAUAGAAAUAAUUCUAAGGAAGAUUACAUAUUUUUACAUUUUAAAGAUUGUACCAGAAUUGCUUUACUCAUUUAUUUUUCUCUUGCAAAGUUGUAAGACUUUAUUUCACAAAUUAAAAAAGAUAAAUUGUAAUGACAUGAAUGUUUAUGUACUAUUAGUGAUAUUUUGAGACAAUUGUUAAUGAAUCAAAGAGAUUAACAAAUUCCUCCUUGAUUAGUAAUGUAAUCUGAGAGAGAAAUUCUUUUUAUUAUCUAGAUUUUUGUUGUUUCCUUUAGUUUAAUAGGUGUAGCUUACACAAAUUUGACAUGUGCUUGGGAUAGUAAGCUGCAGAAAUUACAUUGUUUUGUUGCAUCAUGAAGAUCUCAAAGUUGGAGAUGUGAAUGAAGUAUUUUUACAAUGUAAUGGAGAUGAAUUGAUCUUAAUAAUUUCUGUUUAUGGAGAUAAGUGGAUGAUGUAUAAAUAUGAGUUGCCUUAAUUCUCAGGGUGAACAUGCAACUUCUUUGUAAUAAAUAAUGAAAAUCGAUUUUAAGAGUUCUCAGCAGUUCUAAUAAGUCAAUUUAUAAUCAACAUGACAAUGAACACAAAUUUCUCAUUAAGUAAGAGUGUAUUGAAACAUCUGUCUUCAAAUAUUAUCAAUGUUUUUUUACUCUUAUAUUCUGAAUUAGAAAUAAAAUUUCUAUU